AUGGCCGUCAAGACCUCCAAUGCACUGAGCGAUUCUCUUCAACACUUCGCAUCCAUACCUGAAUGUGCCGCCAUGCUGCAGAUGCCUGGCAUCGCUCUAGGCCGAUCCAACCGAGAUCCACGCCAGCUUCCUGAGGGUUGCCCGCCAUCGCGUGAUCAGUUCUUCAAGCACCUGAUGGACAACGACCAAGCAGUGCCGCAUCUCCUCGUGCUCUACCAAGACCCCUUUUUUUUCGAUGGUGCCGGUGCAGCGUCUGAUCCCCCUGAUCUACCGUUUCUGGUACGAUCUGUGUCUGUUCUUUUCGAUCUCCGCGCCGGGCUGAAUGGCUGGAACGGCACUGUGCACGGAGGGUUCAUCGCUGCGAUGAUGGACGAAGCGAUGGGUACUCUGAUCUUCCAAAACAACGUCUGUAACUUGGAAGCCAAGUCCGAGAGCUUGAUCCCGUCAUCUGCGAAAGACUUCGCGAACGUCGCACACGUUACAGGGCGUAUGGAGGUCAGUUAUCGACAGCCAUUGCCCAGUCCACGGGUGGUGGUGGUAACGGCAGCAUUGGACAGGAUAGAAGGGCGGAAAGUGAAGAUCAAAGUCGUUGUAAAAGACCUAAAGGGUUUGCAAUAUGCCACGGGAGACGGCACAUGGAUAUCAGUUCCAAAGGGAAAGCUAUAG